AAUCCUGAACCAAUAAGAUUAUACAUUGGCGUUCCUGUCCAGGCAUGGCUCCACAUGCAGAAGUAGUGGUGGUGUAACCUUGGCUGAUUAGCGUCCUCGUUUCAAACACCAUAAAAGAAGCAACAUGCAGGCUGCUAUGGAUAUAACUGCAAAGUACUGCCGUAAAGAAAUGGAAGCGUAUGGGUUAUGUGUAGCCUCCAAUCCAUCAACAUGGCAGCAGAAGUGUCACGAGCUGAAGAUGAAUGUUGCACAAUGUACAUCAUCACACCCAGUCAUCCAGAAGAUCAGGCAGGAGUGUUCCAAUGAGUUUGUGGAGUUUGAGCGCUGCCUGAGAGAACAUCAGGGACAACCUGUCUCCUGCUCGCCACAUGUGGCUAGCUUUCUGGGCUGUGCAGAGACAGUCGACCUCAGUGGAGUGGCUACAAAUCCAGUAUCUCAACCAUCUUAGCACAGGAUGUCCUCCAUUACCAGAAAAAACCUGUAUCUACACCACUGCCACCAGGUCUGAGUCAGAGUCAAAUAUUAAACUGGAAUGUAUUGCUCCCACACAAACUAUCCUGGCUACUCAGUGACUGAGCAAUAGGGAGUCUGGGAAGAAAGGAGAAGGCUGUCCAGCUCUAAUCAGUGGGACUACUGAAAGAGACAGAGGGAGGAUGUUGAGUUAUGAACCCUGUGACCACUAAGCAGAACAGACAUUUUCUGGUUGAGUUAUUAAAGUUUUGAGUGGAAAGACUGAGAGGAAACUGA